AUGAUCACUACUCCUCAAACAGCACCCAAUUUCGUCUACACUAGUAUCCAGCGCAAGGUCUUCGGCGAAGCUGGCAAGCCCCAACAGAAACGACUUAUCCUAAGAAUUAGGACUAAAAAUCUGAAAGCUGCAAACUACUUCACCUCUGCAUCGUACUGGAAUUCCACAUCCGACACUAUAGAGGAGAUCUUCCCAAAAUGGGAAGACGACAAGAGAAUCCUCCUCCGUGCCAUUGACGUGAACCGCAUGCCUGGGUGGAUCAAUAUCAUCCUCGAUAUUCACAACUAUGACUAUGAUCCGAGUACUGCGCACAUAUGUGAAACGGUCAUCCCGAUCUACAAAUUUAAAUUCAGUCGACAGCCUGGCACUCCAAAGAUAUCUUUGCGUAGAUGGCCUCCGGGGGAUGAGUAUGUUACUAAGGAACUAGCGAAAGCUCAUAUGAUGGCCAAUCGGGGUUUGCAAAGAGCACUUGGGAAGGCGUUUUAUAAAGGAAUACUCGAAUGA